GUCUUAAGAUUUUGAAACUUGCAUAGAAGAAAUAUUGAGAAAGAUGAGCUUCCCAACACAUCGAAGCCCACUAUGGCAGUGUGGACAAGUGAAGAUUUUUAACAUUUUCCUCAUUGGCGGAUUAACAAUGCUAUGCCAUAUCGGGAAUGUGACAACUAAUGCAACAACAACACCAACAACAACAAUAAAAGUGCCAACGACAAUAGACGCCAACGAAAGUCCAUUCAAAUUAGCAGCGGUUAACAAUUACACAAACAAUAACAACAGCUUAUGUGACAAAAAUGGCUUCAGCGUAGAAUUACCAAAACCCAUCUUGUCGUUGGCUAACAGGAAGCAGACGACGACAGCUAAUACAAUGAACGAAGUAGCAACGUCAAAGUCAGCAUCAACGGUAGCGGAAAAACGUCAGCAACGCGCAUACUCCUCCAAUCGACCGACGCUAAUGGAUGUCGCUCUGCAGGCUUCGGCGCGUGAGGGACUCGAUGCAAUGACGGAAUUGUAUGGGAAAAUUGUGCCGGACAUAAUAAGAAAUGGACACGUACUACAGGACAAUCAUCCAGCCGCAUUGCUAUCUAAAUUUAGUGAAUCUGUAACUGAGACUUUGGAGCAGGAAAUGGCCGCAUAUGCAACGAUAUCAGCAACGAAAGCAUUCCGUAAAAACUACAAAUACUUCAAUGAGUUGGCACGGCAGGCGCACACCUCGAAGAUUUCACUGCGUCAUACGGCGUUGGAAGGACUUUGUCCACCGCGCGAUCCGCCCACUUGUAUGCCAGCAUCGGCGCGCUAUCGCACACAUGAUGGCACUUGCAAUAGCAGACGGCGUCCACGUUGGGGUGCCGCACAAAUGCCUUUUAACCGCUUUCUACCACCGGAAUAUGGGGAUGGCGUCGAUUCGAUACGUUUGUCCAUGGAGGGUGGACCGUUAGCGUCCUCACGUUUCGUCAGUCUCUUGGUGCAUGGCGCACGCGAUGGCGAGGCGGCCGUAACGCUGAUGACCGCACAAUGGGGACAAUUACUGGAUCACGAUAUGACGUCGACUGCGCAACCCAGAUCAAUCAACGGCUCGGUGCCAAGCUGUUGUGGCAACACAGAUUUUCAUCCAUCUUGCUUUCCCAUCAAAGUUCCACUAGACGAUCCGUGGUUGGCGCCAUUGAAAGUGCGUUGUUUGGAGUUUCUACGCUCUGCGCCUGCCCAGCGGAGGGAUUGCAUACUUUCUUGGCGCGAACAGACUAAUCAGGCCACCUCGUACAUAGACGCCUCACCCAUCUAUUCGAAUAGCGUCAAGUCCUCGGAUAAUGCGCGUGUCUUUCGUAACGGCUUACUAAUUUACGGCCGUGGCAAUCCUGCAGAGGAUGUGUGCCAACGCGGCGCUAUAGCAACGCAAUGCAUACGAGCUGGUGAUGGACGUAGCGGUGAACAGCCGGGCUUAUUAGCUCUGCAUCAUGUUUGGGUGGGCGAGCAUAAUCGCAUAGCAUUGGAAUUAAGCGAUAUGAAUUUGCACUGGAGUGAUGAGAAGAUCUAUCAGGAGACCCGUCGCAUAGUCGGCGCUAUGUUCCAGCAUAUUACCUAUAGGGAAUUCCUGCCGAUUGUGUUGGGGCGCGAGGUGUGUAAACUGUUUGAUUUGGAACUUCUGAGCACCGGUUUCUAUAACGGUUAUGAUCCGAAGACAAAUCCGACUGUGGCAAACUCCUUUGCGGCGGCCGCUUUUCGUUUCGGUCAUUCGCUGGUGCAGAAUUCCUAUAUGCGUUGUGAUCGUUUUCACAAUUUCAUGCGUAACAAUGUCAGUCUGCAUGAAGAAUUCCAACGCGGCGACAUCGGCUCACCAGGCUCGUUGCAUCGCCUCUUGCGUGGCUUGGUAAAUCAACGCGCGCUUAAGCGUGAUGAGUUCAUAACACCCGAGCUAACCAAUCAUCUCUUUCAAACGCCAGGCUUUCCAUUUGGUUUGGAUUUAGCGGCCAUAAAUAUACAACGUGGUCGCGAUCACGGCGUGCCACCAUACACCUCCUGGCGUGUGCCUUGCGGUCUUACGUCCGUUAACAGCUGGGAUGACUUUGCCAAUGUCGUCGGUCCACAAUCGGCGCAGCGCAUCAGCCAUGCUUACCGUAGCGUUCACGACAUUGAUCUUUUCGUUGGCGGUAUUGCCGAGCGACCGGUGGUAGGUGGCCUUGUCGGUCCGACAUUUGCCUGUAUAAUCGCACAGCAGUUCAGUAAUUCGCGCAAAGGUGAUCGUUUUUGGUAUGAGAACGGUGACUUUGAAAACUCUUUCACGCCCGCGCAACUGCAAUCGAUAAGACGUGUUUCGCUAGCGCAAGUUCUAUGUCGUGCAGUUGGUGGCGGCACAUUGCAGCCACAUGUUUUAUUGCCAACAGAUGUUGAGGGCAACGAACGUCAAAUCUGUGGUACCGGCACCUUGGCGCCACUCGAUCUCAGUCCAUGGAUCGAACAAGACCCCUUCGCAAACAGUCCGACGACGCAAGCGCAGGAACCCGAACAUGUAUUUGAUAUUAUAACGACAAACAAAAUUGGGGAUACACUGCCCACCGGCUCGGUACAAGUAGUGAAAGAGAAUAAGGCAGGCUUUCCGAAUCGCCAACGACCACCGACAGAUCAAAAGCAACCGGCUAACGGUUUUGUAACGGGAGUUAAGGUACCGGGUGAAAUAAUACAUAUUAGCGACAAAUUGGACAUAAGACAAAAAGUGACGCCUGCGAAGAGACCAACUGUGACGGCCAAACCGAUUAAGGGUAUUAAUAAUAAGAUCGAUAAGAGCCCAACAAAGAUUACGCUCAAUGUACGGGGAGUUACAAUACGACGACAACAACAAGGCACACGACACACGACAGUAGUGGUGAAUAACAUACCAUUAGAACUGCGAAGCGCAACAGAGGACGAGAAUACACUUAAGACGCAUACAAAGACAGUGGUGCCGAAUGCAAUAAACGAAGUGAACACAGCUGAAAACUCGAGUGCAGAAAAAGUGGAGGCACGAAUAGACGAUACACCAGAAGACGAGCAAACACUACUUAACGGACCGCCAAACACUGACGAGCAAGUGAACAAACAACGUAGACUCAAUAAAACUCAUAGCGAAAACCGCCUAAACCUAACCACGUUGACUGAUCUAAGCGAAAAUGAAAGUACAUUUGGACCACAACGAACUUCAGACCAAAGCAGCUCUACCAAAGAAAAGAACCCAUCCUCUGACAAAAUACGACAAUCAAAGCUUGAACAAGACGAAAAAGCUUACAACGAGCAAACACCAACAUCCAAAAGUACGGACGAUAAAUUUAAAGUAAUCUCUACAUCCAAAGACAACGAAGACAAAUAUGACGACGACUUUAUAGGAACAAGUGGUAAACCGACGACUACUGAAAGCGACGACGAACACGCUGACUAUUUAAUUAGUCCUGACAUCCAAUACGUUACUACUGAAACUAAUUUGACAACUGAGACUGAAAAGGACCUAGUGCCCAAAACAGAAGCGAACAGGGAAGGAACAGAGAGUGGUGAAGCCACGACGAGCAACAGAACUGAGACAGAAACUGGUGGGUUCUCCAAAGACGACAAAAAUGAAACAAAAACUAACAUACAAACUGACUUAGCACAGUCCGAGUCGCUUGCGAUACAGCCGCUGUUAAAUGACAACCAUGAAAACAAUAUCACGACAGACGACAUCUUUCUCAAAUCGACUAACGCAGCACAUUUAACGCCCGAACUGGACAAGAAAGUUGAGCGUACCGACAACCAAACCGCUGACCUUAAUCCAAUAGAAAAACUGCUAAGCAAAGAAGAAGAGACACGUUUUAAACGACGUAGACCCGAUAACAAUCGCAAAUUAAUUGUCGUCAAAGUACCAUCUCAAAAUAAUGAAUUAAAAAAUAGAUUUCAGACAAAACCCACUAAAAGUGUGGGCUUUAAGAAACUGACCGCAGCCACGCCACUUACAAACCUAACAACACGUUCCACCCCCCGACAAGUGGAACUCAGACAAUACCAAACACAACCGACGUUUUAUACGCGACCACAGAAGGUCGUGGUAAACGGACCCAAUGCCGACCAAUAUGAAAUAGAAAUAAAUAUACGACAAACAAACAAACAAGCCGCCUCGGCACUACCAAUAACAGCUUCGACCAGCGCAUACAAACCAUUCCACUAUGACAGAUACUCACCCAGCUAUGUGGGCACAUACUACUCGAGCACAGUACCGCCUCAACACGGUUAUUACGCAAAUACACCGACUGUAUCGCCGAAUUUAGUACAAACGCGGCGCACAAAACCACCGACUGUAAUUUACAUAGACGAACAUGAAGAUCGUUACACGAGUACAACACGUACACCUGGACUCUUUCAGAAUAUUAUAACCUUCGCCACGAGCGGUUUUGGCAAUUUCAAUAAGCCACCCCAACAGAGCCCGCAUAGUUCGUCUGUACAAAAGGAGCCUGCAUCUUAUGGCCAAAGCGUCUCGAACGUGCAUGAGAUUAAUCAAAUUGUGCAGAACCCAGACACUGCCUCCAUAUCUCAUUACAUACCAAGACCAACAAGCCAAAACGCGCUCUCUGCAUUUCCCGCAGCGCCAGCGGCAGCUAGCCUUAGUCAGGUAGGCGGCGUGGCGAGUAACGGCGUUGUACAGGCCACAAGUAGUGCUAUAAGCGCCGGUAAUUUCGGUACCAUAGUUGGUGUGGCACAAUCAAAUGGCGCAGACAGCACAUUUAGUUUCAAUAUACGACCCAAACCGAAUGUUGUUGGGCAGUCGCAGCUGCCACUGCCGCCAAAUCAAAUUGAUGGCGGCAGUUACGGUUUAUUGCCUUCGGGCAGUCCGCCAUACAAUCAAGUACCAAAUCCUUCCUUCUUGACUUCGCAGCAUUCGGUAGCUUUGGGACAGUCGCACUUUGGUAAUACGCAGAAGGAAAAACCACACAGUCCAUUCUCUAGUGAAAAUAACAGACCCCCACAAAAAGGUAGCUACGGUUAUUAUGCGCGCAUACAAAACUUAUCCCUGCACAAGAAGACGAAUUCCGAACAUGUACUCACACUCAGCGACUAUGACGAAAUCGAAAUUUCACGAACACUUGAACCUAUAAUGAAGAACAACACCACAGUUGAUGAUUUUAGCGAAGAGGUGGGCGAUGUUGAUGAUGGUGACGAUUACGAUUAUGGCGACAGCGACGGUGACGGGUCGGACUUGAGCGAAAAAUUUGUCCGCGACGGUUACAUGCGACCAGAACUUAUGAUACAAGCAAUGGUAAAAUCACAAGAAAACGAACUGAGAAACUUGACGGCUACCAACAACUGUACUACCAAAAUCUUAGACGACAAUUAUGUAUUACCGGUACUGAACGCAACCAACGAAUUGUUGGAAAGCAACUACUUAGCUAAAACAUUACAACAAAGUAACGAAACAGAACCAACAACGGUAACAACUAAUGAGAAACUGUACACAGAAAGCUCGACACCAAAGUCAACUGAUAAUACAACAAACUAUCCGGAAAUCGAGGGUAAACAUCUCGAUAAUGACAUUUUAGCCGAAGACUAUGAAGACGAGACGACUGAAGCACUAAUUGCUUCCAAAGUAACGGUAAUCAAGACACUAACGAAUGAACGACAGCUCACAAAAAAGACUGAAACCGAAAGCGCGAAGGACAUACCGACAUUUGCCAACCAAGUCGCCUUUGCGCCAAUAAAAAUUUUAACAAAAUUAGAGCGACCGGACAAUUGGCUAAUCUAUGACUCACCCAAAAAUUAUCCAUUGCUGCCCGAACUGCCCGCCAUGAGUGGAGAUUCGUCAGCACCAGCAGAUGAAGUACCAAAGCCUAUUCAAGGUUUGGCUGGUAUUUGGCUGAAAAAGAUUCAGAAACAAAAGGAAAAGAAUAGGGUGCAGUCAUCUGCUAACAGUUCGCCUAUGGCCAUUGAGAGAACCAUUCCAGCUGAGGCGGGCAGGGGCUCCGAAGUUUUUACCACCGUCUCUUCGACAAAUGUUUCGGGCGCAUAAACUAAAUGGAACUCGAGUUUCG